GAAGACAAAGACACCGAUGUGGAAGUUACCACAGCCAAGGAAUGGCAAGGAUUUUGGUUUGCCAGAAUUUGAUGGCUCUCUUUCUCAUCUUCAUGGGUAUGGUGCUUUCAUUUAUCCUUUGGAAAACUGACUACAAUAGGCAGUCAUUGCCUGAUCUCAGAAUACCAAAGCAGUUUUCUAUUGACCUGCCUGGCUGCUCGGCUAUUAUCAGUGGGGACAUUACCGGCAAGAAAGACCAAUUAGCAGUGCUUUUGGCAUCCAGGAAAAGACAGCAAGUACUAACUGAGGACUUCUACAUUAAGAUGACGAAGGACUGUCCAUCUUACCUUGAAAAGAGAGGUUUCAUUACAUCACCCCUCAGUGAAGAAGAAAAUGAUUUUCCCAUUGCCUACUCUAUGGUUAUUCAUAAUAAGAUUGAGAUGUUUGAGCGUCUUCUAAAAGCUAUUUACACUCCUCAGAAUAUCUACUGUGUGCAUGUGGACCAGAAAUCCACUGAAGACUUUCAUAAAGGUGUGCAGGCAAUUGUUUCCUGCCUUCCUAAUGUGUUUGUAGCCAGUAGGUUAGAACGUGUGGUAUAUGCCUCAUGGUCCCGAGUUCAGGCGGAUUUGAACUGCAUGAAGGAUCUGCUGAACUCACAAGUCCAGUGGAGGUACCUACUGAACACCUGCGGGACGGACUUUCCCAUCAAAACCAACCGGGAAAUGGUUCAGGCUCUAAAAGCCCUAAACGGGAGAAACAGCAUGGAGACAGAAGCCACCAAUGACUACAAGAAAAAACGCUGGCAGUAUCAUUACAAUGUUACUGACACUGUUGUAAUGACUGGUGUGAGGAAAAGUCCCCCACCCAUUAGCAGCCCCAUGUUCAUGGGAAAUGCUUACUUUGUGGUCACAAGAGCUUUUGUGAAGCAUGUGAUGCAGGACAGAGAGGUUCAGCAGUUCUUUGAGUGGGAGAGGGACACUUACAGCCCCGAUGAGCACCUGUGGGCCACUCUGCAGAGGAUGCCCUCCGUUCCAGGAUCGACCCCUGCCAACAUCAAGUAUGAUGCGUCAGACAUGGAAGCCAUCGCUCGCGUGGUGAAAUGGGCCUAUUUGGCAGGCAAUAUGAAAGAUGGAGCCCCUUACGAUGAAUGCACUGGUGUUUACAGAAGAGCAGUGUGUGUGUACGGCGCUGGAGACCUCAUGUGGCUCCUUAAACAACAUCACCUCUUUGCAAAUAAGUUUGAUCCUGAGGUUGAUGACGUCGCCAUUAGAUGUCUGGAGUCAGUUCUGCGGUUUAAGAUUUUAGGACACGACCCAAGUUCAAACAAUUUAUAAGGCUUAUACUUAUCUUAAAUGUAACAUAUUCAGUUUGUAUUUAAUACAGGUUAAUAUAAUUCAAGUGACAUACAUUUUCUUAUAUUGUCAAUUUGGAACUGAAAUGUCUCUAUUUAUUUGGUAUUCUCUUUAUUCUCAAGAUAUUGUCUGUAUUGUAAUGUUUUCUAUGAAUGUGGCUGUUAUUUUCAGUUUAUCAGAGUGGUAAUAAAAAAUCUUAAAAUAGUCAGUGCAUUUUUAUACAAGGAAAAGAUAAGAAUAUUUAUUUAUUAAAAUAAUUUCCAUGUUUAUAUGACUUCAAUGAAAUUGGUAUUUGUGGUGCUAUCUAGUGGAGUCUAAGUGGAUGAGAUGAAGAAAGAAAAACACUACAGUACUACCUAUAGCAAACUAAUUAAAUUGAAUUAAUUAACCUGAAUAUUAUUUGUUUUUCAAAACGAUCUUUUGCAUCAAAUGUUCUCAUAUAAUUAUAACUUUCUUGUAUGAAAUAAAAAAAAUACAAAACAA